AUGAUGAAGAGAAACCUCAGUCUUCACAGCUUCAUCAAACACAAGCUGAUGGAGAGGACUGUGGCAGACCAGAACCAGUGCCCAGAGACUCUUCCGAACCUGAGACUGACGACAGUGACUUUUGGAAGGAGACCAGAGAACCACAGUCAGGUUUAAACUUUCUGAAGAACAAUGAUGUUUCCGUUAGCGCUGGUGGAAAACCAUACAGCUGCUCCGAGUGCAGCAAAGGAUUCGGCCUUAGGGGGGACCUGAAAAAACACAUGAGAACUCACACCGGAGAGAAGCCGUUCAGCUGCUCGGUUUGUCAGAAAUCUUUCACCCAGAGCGGAAGUUUACAGUCGCACAUGAAAAUCCACACAGGUGAGAAGCCGUUUGGCUGCUCUGAGUGCGGUAAAAGAUUUGGCCGCAAGGACUACCUGAGGACGCACCAGACGACUCAUACUGGAGAGAAACCGUUCAGCUGCUUGGUGUGUCAGAAGUCUUUCACGGUGAUUGGAAGUUUGCAGAGACACAUGAGGAUCCACACGGUGGACGAACGGCACAGCUGCAGCAUCUGUGGCGAAAGAUUUAACCGGUAUAAUCAGUUCAGAGUCCACCUGUACAUUUGUCAUCAAACUCAAACCGAACUGAUGAAACAAGAAUCUGAUGGAGAGAACUGUCUAGGGCCAGAACCAGCCAGGAACUCCAAUGCAGAUACUGAUGGAGACCCUUCCGAAGCUGAGACUGAUGACAGUGAUGAUUGGACAGAGACUGGAGAACCUCGGUCAAAAUUAGACAUGGAACCGUUCGGCUGCUCCGAGUGUCACGAACCAUCUGAAGACCCUCUGCUGACACACAGGAAGUACCACCCAGGAGAGAAACCGUUCCACUGCUCGGUGUGUAGUGCUGACUUCAGCGACAGUGAGGCUUUAGUCCAACACAUGAGGGUCCACACGAUACAGACCCAGUUCAGUUGCCCGAUCUGUAGUCAGGAAUUUGCGUGGAGACGAUACCUGACUAAACACAUGGAGGUCCACUCGAAGGACAGAAUCUACAGCCGGAGGUAUUUUAACAGAACGUUCGCCCGUCGUCGACAAGUCAAAAGACACAAGUGCGUAGAUUGUCAGUUGUCGCAGCUUCGUCAAACGGAGGAGAACAAAGAGGCGGAGCCUCCAUCCAGCAGCUUGACUCGACAGAUUAAAACAGAAGAUGAUGGUGACGACUGUGGAGGACAAGAACCAACCAGGAACUUGGAUACUGAUGAUAGUGUCGAUAGUGUUGAUAGUGAUUUUUGGAAGGACACCAAAGAACGUCUGUCGAGUUUAAAGUCCCUGAAAACUGACGAAGCUCCCAUCAGCGACGAAAGACGCAGAACUGACAAGAAGACAUUAAGUUGCUCCGAGUGCGGGAAAAGAUCGGAUAAGAGAAGCCCGAGAACUCGUGCGGAAGAGAAGCCGUUCAGUUGUUCGGUUUGCGGUAAAACAUUUUCAAAGAGAACAAACGUGACGCAGCACAUGAGGAUCCACACUGGAGAGAAACGAUUCAGCUGUGGCGUUUGUCACAAAAGAUUCGCCUGGCGGUUGCAGAUUAAGAAACAUAAAUGCAUCGGUCGUCAGUCAUCACAGAUUCAACAAAGACGGACUAAACAGCUGAAAACAGCACCAGAAUCAGUCAAGAACUCACGCCCACAUGACCAAAGACCAGAAACUGAUCACCAAAACGGAGUGUCAUCUAAAAUAAAGGUUGAAUUCGAUGACGGUUGGACUGAGGCCAGAGAACCUCAGUCAGGUUUAAACCCUCUGAAAAAUGAUAAGCUUCCUGUCCGUGAUUUGGCACGAAGAACUGGUGAGAAACCGUUUACCUGCCCAGAGUGUGGGAAAGGAUUCGGCUCCAAGGGGAGUCUGAAGAUCCACAUCAGAACCCACACUGGAGAGAAACCAUUCGUCUGCUCAGUGUGCGGUAAAGGAUUCCACCGCAAGGAUAACUUAGUCCAACACAUGAGGUCACACACGGAAGAGAAACCCUUCAGCUGCCCCUUUUGUCAGAAGUCGUUCACGCAGAGUGGGAAUUUACAAACGCACAUCAGAGUCCACACCGGAGAGAAAAGAUACAGCUGCAGCAUCUGCAACCAAAGAUUCACGUGGCUGUAUCAGCUCAGGAACCAUCAGUGUGUCGAGGGUCAGAAAAGUUUAAGACAAAAGGGAGGUCUGACAAAACAUCUGGGAGUCCACCGAGACAUGCAGCAACUGUUGGUGGUUAAAGAAGAGGGGCUGGAGGAGGCUGAUAUCACCAAGUUCACAUUCACUCCUGUCCCUGUGAAGAGUGAAGAUGAUGAAGAGAAACCUCAGUCCUCACAGCUUCAUCAGUCACAAGCUGAUGGACACCACUGUGGAGGAGUACGACCAGUGCCCGGAGACGCUGAUCCAGAUUUACAACAGGAUGAUGACGACAAGAAGCCUGACAGUUCUUUAGUUGCUGAGAUAGAAGUCAGUCUUGAUGACUGGGACGAGACCAGAGAACUUCAGUCAGGUUUAAAGACUCGCAAUAAAAAUAAAGUCCCAGUCGGUCCUAUGACUUCUAUCUCUGGUGAAAACCCCUUUAGCUCCUCCGAGACUUCAGACUCUUCUGAACCUGGUGACAGUGACGAUGAUUGGACGGAGACCAAAGAACCUCAGACAGUUUCAGGCUCUGUGAAGAAAGUCAGUAAGACCAGAUGUAGAGCUGGUGGGAGACCAUUUGGGUGCUCUGAGUGUGGGAAAAGAUUUAGAACCAAGACACAUCUGAAGAUCCACAUGGCAGUUCAUGCAGGAGAGAAACCGUUCAGCUGCUCCAUUUGCAGCCAAAAAUUUUCAACCAAAACGAGUCAGAAGAGACACAUGAGAACUCACACGGGGGAAAAACCUUUCAGUUGCUCGGUGUGUACCAAAUCUUUUGCGCAGAGCGGAUGUUUAGCAAAACACAUGAGAAUUCACACAGGAGAGAAGCCAUUCAGCUGCUCUAUGUGCGGUAAGGCUUUUGUCGAACGGGGAAACCUGAAGGUCCACCUCAAAACUCACAUGGGAGAGAAAACAUUCAGCUGCUUGGUCUGUAAGAAAUCCUUCGCGCAGAAUGUGAGUUUGCAGAACCACUUGAGUGCUCACACGGGAGAGAAACUAUUCCGCUGCUUGGAUUGUGGGAAGCAAUUUUUGUGCAAGACGCAUCUGAAGAAACAUGCAAUAAAUCACACAGGAGAGAAACCAUUCAGCUGCUCGGUGUGUGGGAAAGGUUUCACCCAAAGAGGGAAUCUAAAAAGACACACAAGGAUUCACACAGGACAGAAGUCGGUCAGCUGUUUGGUUUGCGGUAAAGGUUUUGUUGACAGCGGGAACCUGAGGAAACAUAUGAGAACUCACACAGGAGAGAAACCAUUCAGCUGCUCUGAGUGUGGUAAAAGUUUUAUACAAAAGAUUCAGCUGACGCUCCACAUGACUGUCCACACGGGGGAGAAACGAUUCAGCUGCAGUGUUUGUAACAAAAGAUUUGCCUGGCGUCCACGGGUCAAGAGACACAAAUGUGUCGGACGUCAGUCAUCAGAACUUUGUCAACCUGAGGAGAACAAAGAGGUGGAGUCAAAACAGAUAAAAAUAGAAGCUGAUGCAGAGGACUGUGGAGGACCAGAAUCAGCUAGGAAUUCGGAAUCAGAUCGGAGGGAGCAGCUUGAAGGGCUGAAGGAGGCUGACAUCAAGUUCCCAUUCGCUCUUGGCCCUGUGAAGAGUGAAGAUGAUGAAGAGAAACCUCAGUCCUCACAGCUUCAUCAAACACAAGCUGAUGGAGACCACUGUGGUGGAGUACGACCAGUGCCCAGAGACUCUUCUGAAGCUGAGACUGACGACAGUAAUGAUUGGACAGACACCAGAGAACCUCCAUCAGGUUUAACCUCCCUGAAAAACGACAAAGUACCUGCCAAUAACGCAAGAUCUUCUGCUGGAGAGAAAGAAUUCAGCUGCUCUGAAUGUGGGAAAAAAUUUGCCGCAAAAGCUUCUCUGAACAGACACAUGAGAACUCACACAGGAGAGAAACCAUUCAGCUGCUCAGUGUGCAAGAAAUCUUUUGCGCUGAACGGGUGUUUACAGAAACACAUGAGAAUCCACACGGGAGAGAAACCCUUCAGUUGCUCAGUUUGCGGUAAAAGUUUUAUUGAUAACGGAAAUCUGAAAAAACAUUUGAGAACUCACACAGGAGAAAAAACUUUUAGCUGCUUGAUUUGUAAGAAGUCGUAUGCUCAGAAUGUGAGUUUACAGAAACACAUGAGCGUUCACACCGGAAAAAUUCUGUUCAGCUGCUCCGUUUGUGGGAAGCAUUUUUUGUGCAAGCCGCGUCUGAUGACGCACAUGAUGAAACACACAGGAGAGAAACCGUUCAGCUGCUCCGAGUGUGGCAAGGAUUUCAUUGACAGCGGAUAUCUUAAGAAACACAUGAGAACUCACACAGGAGAGAAGUUGUUUAACUGUUCAGAGUGCGGUAAAGGGUUCAUUGAAAGCGGCGGUCUGAAGAGACACAUGAGGACCCAUACUGGGGAGAAACCCUACAGUUGCUCAGUUUGUGGUAAAGGUUUUAUAGAGAAGGUGCAGUUGACGCGCCACAUGGCGGUCCACACCGGGGAGAAAAAAUUCAGCUGUGGGGUUUGUAACAAAAGAUUUGCCUGGCGGCCACGCGUCAAAAGACACAAAUGUGUUGGUGGUCAGUCGUUGGAACUUCAUCAAACUGAGGAGAACAGAGAGGUGGAGCCUCCAGCCAGCAGCUUAUCUGAACAGAUAAGAACAACAUCUUUGUAAAGAGCAUGAAGCAACUUUUUUCUGUGUACUUGUAACAUUUGAAAUUUAAAAUUGCAUACAUUAUUUGUACUUAUGACAGCAUUUGAACUCCAUUUUCCAGAGUCCUUCUCUUUUCAAACCUCCGCCCAUGCAGCCAGUUGUCAUUCACCAAUGGUCACUGCUGCAAAGUUUUCAAGUUAACUGUCCAAGCAACAAGAUAAACAAAUGCAAGUUAGUGCCAAGCUGCUAACUCUGUAAGGACAAAGAGACCAGAUCCAUCUGACCUGUAGUCUCACUCCCCAGACCUUUCUCAAGAAAAGAAAGGUCUGGCUGCGCCGACAUUCACUUUAAGAUUGGAGAAAAAACGCCCUGGCUGCUUGUAUUUCUUUGAACCAAUCACAAUCAUUCUGGGCAGUGUCACAGCAGCGGUGCACUUGCAAAAAUAUUGCUGGGGGGAAACAGGUUUUGGUGUAACACGCCCACAAAAAUAUCACCUACAGGACG